CUUCCAGCCGCUAUAGCUGCUCGUACUCCUGUUUCAGCUUUAGUUCAUUCAUCAACUUUAGUUACAGCUGGGGUUUAUUUAUUAAUUCCUUUUAAUUCUUUGUUAAUUGGGACAGAAUUUUUAAAAAUGUUAUUAUUAGUUUCUGGUUUAACAAUAUUUAUAGCUGGGAUUUCAGCUGUUUAUGAAUUUGAUUUAAAAAAAUUUAUUGCUUUAUCAACUUUAAGUCAAUUGGGAUUAAUAAUAAGAAUUUUAAGAAUAGGAUUUAGAGAUUUAGCAUUUUUUCAUCUUUUAACUCAUGCUAUAUUUAAAGCUUUAUUAUUUAUAUGUGCUGGGAUAAUUAUUCAUAUAUUAAAUGAUAAUCAGGAUAUUCGUUAUAUAGGAGGUUUAAGAAUUUAUAUUCCUAUAACUUCCCUUUGUUUUAAUAUUUCUAAUUUAUCUUUAUGUGGAAUUCCAUUUUUGUCUGGAUUUUAUUCUAAAGAUUUAAUUUUAGAAAUAGUGAGAAUACGUAAUUUAAUUUAUUAUUUUUCUACUGGAUUAACUGUUUUUUAUUCUAUUUGUUUGUCUUUA